AUGUAUAGCGUGAAAUACUCAGCGUCAUCGGCCUUCAGGUCGCCUGAGCCAUCACUUUUGGGCCUGCCAGACACGUCGGUGCCGUCGGCAUUCAGCCUGCAUGAGGCAUCAGAGCCAGAGGUAUUGGGCCAGUCAGGAACGACGGUGCCAUCAGCAUUCGCCCAGCCUGAGCCAUCGGCCUCCAGCCUGCAAGAGCCAUCGGCGCCAUCGGCCUUCAGCCCGCCAGAGGCAUCAGCGCCAUCGGCCAUCAGCCCACAAGAGGCAUCGGUGUCAUCGGCCUUCAGCCCGCAAGAGCCAUCGACCUUCAGCCUGCAAGCGCCAGCGGCCUUCAGCCCGCAAGAGCCAGCGGCCUUCAGCCCGCAAGAGCCAGCGGCCUUCAGCCCGCAAGCGCCAGCGGCUUUCACCCCGCCUGAGCCAUCGGCCUUCAGCCCGCCUGAGCCAUCGGCUUUCACCCCGCCUGAGCCAUCGGCCUUCACCCCGCCUGAGCCAUCGGCCUUCACCCCGCCUGAGCCAUCGGCUUUCACCCCGCCUGAGCCAUCGGCCUCCAGCCCGCCAUCGGAGCUAUCGGCCUUCAGCCCGCAAGAGCCAUCGGCCUUCACCCCGCCUGAGCCAUCGGCCUUCACCCCGCCUGAGCCAUCGGCCUUCAGCCCGCCUGAGCCAUCGGCCUCCAGCCCGCAAUCGAAGCCAUCGGCCUUCAGCCCGCAAGAGCCAUCGGAGCUAUCGGCCUUCAGCCCGCAAGAGCCAUCGGCCUCGUCACCCCGCCUGAGCCAUCGGCCUUCACCCCGCAAGAGCCAUCGGCCUUCAGCCCGCCUGAGCCAUCGGCCUCCAGCCUGCAAGAGGCAUCGCGCCAUCGGCCUUCAGCCCGCAAGAGCCAUCGGCGCUAUCGGCCUUCAGCCCGCAAGAGCCAUCGGCGCCUCGGCCAUCGCCCGCGGCGCCAUCGGCCUUCAGCCCGCCAGAGCCAUCGGCCUUCAGCCCGCCUGA